CUAUAUCAUUUUAUUCAAUAACUAAGAGUACAUAUAAAAAUAAAACAGUAAUACAGUAAACAAUUUUUUCUAUUAAACAUUAUUAAAUUUUUCAUAUCUAAAAAAAAAACUUAUAAAAAUGGAAACUGUUAUUGGAAUUAAAUUCAACAACUUUGUCCUUAUUGCAACAGACAUGACGGCAGCACAUAGCAUCAUGGUAAUGAAAGAUGAUGAAGAUAAAACUUAUAACAUUACUGAUAAUGUUGUAAUGGGAGUUACUGGCGAAGCUGGUGAUGUACCUAGGUUUGCUGAAUAUAUUACUCAAAAUGUUAAAUUAUAUCGUAUGCGAAAUGGAUAUGACUUAUCAAUUCCUGCAAUUGCUACAUUUACCAGAAAAACGGUUGCUGAACAUCUAAGAAGCCAAAGUCCCUAUCAAGUUAAUUUUAUGCUCGGAGGAUUUGAUCCAUCAAAAAAACAAUCAUACUUAUAUUUUAUAGAUUACUUAGGUGCUCAAGUUGAUGUACCUUAUGGUGCUCAUGGUUAUGGUGGUUUAAUGUCCAUUACAGUUAUGGAUCGUUAUUACAAACCAGAUGCUAAUUACCAAGAAGCAUAUGAUCUAUUAAAAAAAUGUAUUGCUGAAGUUCAAAAGCGUUGUAUUAUUAAUAUGCCUAACUUUAAAGUUAAGUUAUCUUAUUCUGGAGGUAUUCAAGAAUUGCCAGAAAUAACUAAGGAUAACAUUCAAAAACAAACUAUUGUUAAUGUGAAAGAUUAAUUUUGUUAUACUGUAAUAUUGCAAUAUAUUGUAAUCAUGUAUUAUUUAACUUUUUUAAAUAUAUAAUUUGCAAGAUAAAAUAUAAUAUUAAAUGUUCUUGGUGA